GACCGGUGUACCACCGGUCACCGCUGUGCCCAGGAUACUCAGCAGGAAUGUCAACGGCACGUUGGUACAGACGUCCGUGCCGCAGAACGAGGCCGAGCUGCAACUGUACAGAGUGAUGCAGCGUGCCUCCCUGCUGGGAUAUUAUGACACACUUCUCGAGAUGGGAGGCGAUGACGUGCAACAGCUGUGCGACGCGGGCGAAGAGGAGUUCCUGGAGAUCAUGGCACUGGUGGGCAUGGCAAGCAAGCCACUCCACGUCAGGAGGCUUCAGAAAGCUUUGCAGGAGUGGCUCACUAAUCCCUCAUUGUUUCAAACGCCGGUUGUACCGACGAACGCCGCUGCCGCCGCCGCUGCCGUCGUCGCUGCCGCCGCAAGCCCGCGGCCGCAAAUGCAGAGCCUGCCAACCGGCUUCGCCGCGACCUCCCAGACCUCCCUGACACCGACGUCCUACGUGUCGACAACGCCCCACAUGCCGCUGACACCCUUGCCCUGCCGAAGCGCCAGCCCGGUCGUGCCGGUCACCAGUGUGUCGGCAUCGGCGUCCUCCACGACCUUCCGCCAGAGUCCGAGCCCGAACACGUCCUUACCUUACACGACUACUCACAGCCCCAAUGUGUUACAGGUAGGAACGUGCGAGUCUUCGUGCGGCAGCGGAACCACGCCAAGUCCAAGUGGCGGUGGCGGCGGUGGUGCCCCUGCGAGCCCGACGCAGCCACCGCCGCCCCUCCUGCAGUCACAGGUGCAGCGGCUCGCCGAGGCCGCGGAGAGACUCGUCGCUACCAUAAGGCCCCUCGAUCCCAAACCUCACAACGUGAAGAAAAAACUCUGCAAGAAGCUGGAGAUGGUAAUGACAAUGUCCGAUAGUGAUCCGCGCAAAAUGGACGAAAUCCGAAAGUACGCGGCGAUUUACGGCAGAUUCGAUUGCAAGAGAAAGCCGGAGAAGCCUUUGACAUUGCAUGAAGUGUCGGUGAACGAGGCCGCGGCGCAAAUCUGCAGAUUCGUGCCUGCCCUCCUCACUAGGAGAGAUGAAUUGUUCCCUUUAGCGCGUCGUGUCGUUCGCGAUUCCGGUUACCAUUACUCCAAAAGCCAAUACUUAUCAAUGUCGAGGCCGCGUGAGAACGGGGAGGAGACCGAUGGCGAACGCUCGAAACGCCCAAAACUCGAGUUGGAGGGUGAGGGUGAGGGUGAGGACGCGACGCAGGAGGAGUUAGAUCUACGCUGUUCUGGAACGGAUAUUAACAAUUCUAUCACGAGAAGACACAGGUCGUCGAGAUAUUCGCAAUGUUUCAGUCCAGUCUGGAGGAAGAAGAAUAAUAACGGUAUAUUCAGCGCUAGCGUGGAAGAAAUUAGUGACUCGGAUAGCCAAUUUUCCUUUUCUAACGAGGAAUCUUCGUCUAUGCACGACACUAACGAGGCGGAGGCUGAGAACACCGACAAAGAAAGCGACUUCAAUCUAAAGGUGAUAGCCUCGCGCGGAGACAACAUAAUCGCCGUGGCGAAUCCUGCGCUAAUGGAAUGCAGCCAUCCCAUAAAAGAGGAGCCCGCGGAUGAGAAACCCACACUGUGAUAUUAUUACUUAGCGUUUACUGCCGCUACCGACGUCACGGCGAUGUGAAUGACGGCAUUCUGCCGAUCAUCGCCGUUAUCACCGAUCAUCGUUUACGUGAAUAUCGUCCAUAUGUGUUGUUGAGCACGAUAGCAUUCAUGACUAGCGAUUGUUGGAAUAAUAGAACACUCGCUUGGAUUUUACACCGAUCGACCGGAGUGACCUGUCUCUUUGUCUGAGAACAUUUAUGCUGCCCCGUUAUUUAGUUCUAUCAAAAUACAAAGACACGAGAGAUACUGUAUAACAAUGAACGUUUCUAGAAGGCGAUAGAUGAAUAAAAAGUAAAUCGUUUAAAUCAAAAGACCGUUGACUGAUGUACGUAGCAUUAUAAAAUGUACAUUAUAAGCAAAUGUAAAUAUAGAUAAAUAUAUA